AUGAACAUCGGCCAGUUCAUUGUCAGCACCAAAAAGUGUCGGAGCACGGUUGACGUACACUUUUUCCCUAAGAUAACUGAGCACCAUGAGAUCGAUGUUCGUCUACAGGAACUUCUCCUGCCAACUAUUCUUCGAUUUCUUAUCAUCGAUGAGAGUAGGGACUCCCUGCCGUCGAGAAAGAGUUUGAGUCCCCAACUGGCAUUCGGUUCUCAAGCAGAGAUAUCAUCGAAACAGUUGGAAGAGAUAUCAAAGGGUUUGGAAGAAUCCCAAGUGAGUUUCUUGUGGGUGGUGAGGAAGUGUGAGACGAGUGUUUAUGACGAGCUACAAGAAAGAGUGGGGGAAAGAGGGAUGAUUGUAAGAGAAUGGGUUGACCAACUGGAGAUUCUGAAGCACGAGAGCGUAAAAGGGUUUGUGAGCCACUGUGGUUGGAACUCAGUGUUGGAGAGCAUAUGUUCAGAGGUGCCGAUACUAGCGUGGCCGAUGAUGGCUGAUCAACCUCUGAAUGCAAGAAUGGUGGUGGAGGAGAUUAAGAUCGGUUUACGGGUUGAGACAUGUGAUGGAUCAGUGAAAGGGUUUGUAACUUCAGAAGGGUUAAAGAAAAUGGUGAAGGAGUUCAUGGAGGGUGAAAAGGGGAAGGAAGUAAGGAAAAAGGCGAAGGAGAUUGGUGAAGCUGCAAAGGAAGCAAUGGCGGAAGGUGGGUCAUCUUGGCGGAUAUUGACCGAGCUCAUAGAUGAGUUACAGGAUUUGAGAAACUCCAAAAUAGGCGAUUUUCCUAGACCGGAAGGAGAUGCAACCUCUGCUACGAGCAAUGGAGAGGCAUAG